AUGUCGCAUCCCAUCGAAGCACAGGUCUGGCAUCUACUCAAACUACAGACUCAAGCUGUCGAUCCCACUGCGACGUUACAACUGACACGAGAUGAACCUCCUUGCAGCAGGCAUUCGUGCCUUCUUUUCCCGCCUCAACACCUGCAUCUACACCUCACCGCGUCACUGCGUAGUCCACUGCUCAAAUUGCAGAGAAGAAUGAUGAUUCUAAAAUCACUACUCGGAAUUAUACUUCUGCAAUACACCCAUGAGACACUCGCAACAAAAGAUGACCUCCGUCAUGUCGACCCCUUGAUUGGGUCCACGAAUGGCGGCAACGUCUUCGCAGGGGCAACUCUGCCCUACGGCAUGGCAAAGCCCGUUGCCGAUGUCGACGGCCAAAAUACAGGCGGCUUCUCAACGGACGGUAGCAAUGUCACGGGCUUCUCGCACAUGCACGACAGUGGCACAGGCGGGAAUCCGUCGAUGGGUAAUUUCCCGCUUUUCCCUCAAUACUGCAAGGACAACCUGGUGGAUAAUUGCAAGUUUCCAAAAGCUGCGCGUGCAAUUCACUACGAGAACGAUUCGGUUGUUGCUAGUCCUGGGUAUUUUGCCUUGACGCUCGAAAAUGGCGUUAAGGCUGAGAUGACUGCUGCGCAGCACGCGGCUUUGUAUCGUUUUGUGUUUCCCGGUGGGAAAGCUGCCGAUGGAGAGGAUUUGAAUCCAUUGAUUUCGUUGGAUUUGACGGAUCUCUGGGAUAGUCGACAGAAUGCCUCGAUUAGUCUCGAUGCAGACAGCGGCCGAAUGAAGGGAAAUGGCACUUUCUUGCCGAGUUUCGGGGCCGGCUCGUAUCAGUCUUACUUUUGUGCUGAUUUCAUUGGCGCUGAUGUUCAAGACAGCGGGAUUUGGGUUAAUGAUCGGGCGGGAUCAGUACAGCAGUUGUUUGUCACCCGUGGCUUCAACAACUUCUACCUGCAAGCCGGAGGCUAUAUGAUGUUUGACCCUCCAGAUGACCGGACCGUGACUGUGAGAGUUGGCGUCAGCUUUAUCAGCACAGACCAAGCUUGCAAGAAUGCCGAGGCGGAAAUCCCGAGUCCAGACGAUGCCUUUGAUACUCUGCACGACGAAGCAGAGACGGCAUGGAGCGAAAAGUUGAGUCCUGUCGAGGUGACUCCGGGUGGUGUCGGCGAUGACAUGCUGAGCGCUUUCUGGAGCGGGAUAUACCGAACCAUGCUUUCGCCUCAGAAUCUCACAGGGGAGAAUCCGCUUUGGAAAAGCGACGAGCCAUAUUUCGACUCGUUCUACUGUCUGUGGGAUGCUUUCCGUGCACAGCAUCCAUUUCUCACAAUCAUCGACCCUCAUGCGCAGUCUGAGAUGAUACGCAGCUUGUUGGACACUUUCAAGCAUGAAGGAUGGCUUCCUGAUUGUCGCAUGAGUCUUUGCAAAGGCUGGACGCAGGGUGGCUCGAAUGCCGAUGUCGUUCUGGCAGAUGCCUAUGUCAAGAAUCUUACUGGCAUCGACUGGGAGCUUGCAUACAAAGCGAUGGUCAAUGAUGCAGAGAACGAGCCGCUUGAAUGGUCCUACGAAGGGAGGGGUGGUCUGCAGAGCUGGAAACAUCUUCAUUAUAUUCCAUAUUUGGACUUUGACUACAUCGGCUUUGGCACUAACUCACGGAGUAUCUCUCGAACAGUUGAGUACGCAUACAAUGAUUACACCCUGUCAGUGGUAGCCAAAGGCCUUGGCAAGGACUAUGCUAUUUACUCAGCCCGAUCUGGCAACUGGCAGAAUCUAUACAAAGACGAUGAGAAGUCUUUGCUGGAGAAUGGCACUGAUACCGGUUUCACCGGUUUCUUCCAGCCGAAGUAUAUCAACGGGACAUGGGGAUACCAGGAUCCUAUUGCUUGCAGCGCUCUGGCCUCAUGGUGUUCUCUUACCUCGAACCCCUCCGAGACCUUUGAGUCCAGUAUCUGGGAAUAUCAAUUGUUCGUAUGGCCUUCCCACUCAACGUAUCAAUGCUCACACUUCAUCAGUUUCGUUCCCCACGACAUGGCAAAGUUGAUCAAGAUGGUUGGCGGCCCAGACUCCUUCGUCGCACGUCUUGACUAUUUCCACACCUCAGGACUGGCAGAUAUGGGUAACGAGCCUGUCUUCCUGACCGUGUAUGACUACCACUACGCCGGACGACCAGCCUUGUCCGCAAGUCGAGCCCAUGCCUACAUUCCAUCUUCGUUCAACGCCACACACAGCGGAUUGCCUGGCAAUGAUGAUUCCGGGGCUAUGGGAUCCUUCCUGGCAUGGAGUAUGAUGGGCCUGUUCCCCAACCCGGGUCAAAACGUCUACCUUAUCAUUCCUCCGUUCUUCGAGGCCGUCGCAGUCAUUCAUCCGGAGACCAACAAAACUGCCACGAUCCGGAACACCAAUUUUGACAAAACGUUCAAAAACAUCUAUAUUCAGAACGCGACCCUCAAUGGAGUGCCGUAUACUAAGAAUUGGAUUGGCCAUGAGUUCUUCACGCAGGGUAUGACGCUGGAGUUGACUCUUGGAGAUAAAGAAAGCGCUUGGGGGACGCGCAAGGAAGACUUGCCUCCGAGUUUGAGUGACUCGGUGGACAUCAAUGGGAACUAA